AUGGCUAACCUCAUCACUUUGGCCACGUGCUCCCUCAACCAGUGGGCGCUGGACUGGGAGGGAAAUCUUGCACGAAUUCGCAAGAGUAUUCUGAAGGCCAAAGAAGCCGGAGCUACCUUGCGAACAGGUCCUGAACUGGAAAUCAGUGGCUAUGGCUGUCUCGAUCACUUUCUUGAAUCCGAUGUCUAUGAUCAUGCCCUGGACAUGCUAUCCAAAAUCCUAACGGAUACAUCUCUCCAUGGCAUCCUCAUUGACGUUGGUCUCCCUCUUAUGCACAGAGGCUGCAGAUACAAUUGCCGUGCCAUGAUCCUUGAUGGCAAGCUGCUGUGUCUCCGUCCCAAGAUAUACCUGGCCAAUGAUGGAAAUUUUAGAGAAAACCGCUUCUUCACUCCCUGGAACCGCCCCAGAUAUGUCGAGAAAUAUAACCUUCCUCCACAGAUCCAGGAACACCAGGGAGUUCGACAGGUGCCUAUUGGUGACAUCAUCUUGUCUCUUAAUGAUACGACACUUGCAGCCGAAACCUGCGAAGAACUUUUUACUCCUCAGGCACCACACAUCAACAUGGGUUGCGACGGUGACCGUCUGCUCUACGAUGGCUGCUCAAUGAUCAUGGUCAACGGCGAGAUCGUCGCUCAGGGCGCACAGUUUAGCUUGGAGGAUGUCGAGGUGGUAGUUGCAACGGUCGAUCUUGAAGAAGUACGAUCAUACCGCUUUGCUCCGUCUCGUGGUUUCCAAGCCACCCAAGCGCCAGUAUACGAGAGAAUUGAGGUCGAUUUCCGACUCACGCAUGACACUCUCCGAAUCCUUGAGAUCCCGACACCACCUAGGCCAGCAAGAUAUCACCUCCCAGAGGAAGAGAUUGCUCUCGGCCCGGCAUGCUGGCUAUGGGAUUACCUGCGACGAAGCAAAACCUCAGGUUAUUUGGUCCCGCUAUCAGGAGGCAUCGACUCAUGCGCCACAGCCACCAUUGUCUACAGUAUGUGCCGGCUUGUUAUCCAGGCUGUAAAGGACGGGAAUGAGGACGUAAUCGCCGACGUUAAGAGACUUGCUGCCUACUCUGAUAAAUUGCCCGAUACACCAGAGGAAUUCUGCAACCAGAUCUUCCAUACCGUGUACAUGGGCAUGGCCAAUCAAAGCAGCAAGGAGACUCGACAGCGUGCCAAGGAUCUCGCCAAACGUAUUGGCAGCUACCACACGGAUAUGAACAUUGAUGAUACUUACCACGCCACGAAGAACUUGCUUACACAGGGCACUGGAUUUGAGCCCAAGUUCAAGGUUCACGGAGGCUCAGCUGCCGAAAACUUGGCUUUGCAAAAUAUCCAGAGCCGGUCACGCAUGGUAAUCGCCUACUACUAUGCUCAGAUGCUGCCGACGGUUCGACAACGGCCUGGUGGAGGAGGCCUGCUGGUUCUUGGAUCGAGCAACGUUGAUGAAUGCCUUCGAGGAUAUCUCACCAAAUACGACUGUAGUUCCGCUGAUCUCAAUCCUAUUGGAUCCAUCAGUAAGACCGAUCUUAAACGAUUCAUUACCUGGGCAAGCAAGAACUUUGAUAUGCCCAUCUUGGACGAAUUCUAUCAUGCCACUCCCACGGCCGAACUCGAGCCCAUCACUGAGAACUACGUUCAAAGUGAUGAAGCCGACAUGGGCAUGACCUAUGACGAAUUAUCCCGCUUCGGGACUCUUCGCAAGCAGCACAAGCUCGGGCCGUACGGCAUGUUUCUGAGACUGCUCAACGAGUGGGGCGGCCACGGAAAACUAAGUCCGCGCGAGAUCGCCGACAAAGUCAAGCGUUUUCAUUUCUACCACUACAUCAAUCGGCAUAAGCAGACCGUCGCUACACCUGCUUACCACGCUGUCGACUAUUCUCCUGAUGAUCACCGAUUUGAUCUCCGUCCUUUCCUUUACCCCCCCGCGUUCGAGGGCUGGUCGUUCAAGAAGAUUGACGAGCGCGUAGCAGCGUUGGAGAAGGCUCUAGAACGGAAACAGGCUAAAGCAUAG